UAGUGAUGAUAGUAAGACUGGGAAUAGCAGAACAACCUGCUCUGAGAACCCCUUUCUACUAUCGACAUCCACUGAUAAUAGUCCAGGCGAGGUGUCUGUUGUUUUCGAUGUUUCAACCUGCCGCCUAGCAAAGAAAGAAAAUCGCAACUGUACGAGGUCGCAUCGAUUGCCACAGGACGACAUGGGUUGCAUCAAUUCGAAGAAGGAUAUCAAGGACGUCCAUUCGAACAUAUUUCACGUAAUCAACAUCGACAACGAUGGGACGGAGCUGUGGAGCGGUAAGCUGGAAGUAACCCGCCUCGAACUAACACUCUUUCGAAAGGGCAAAGAACCGACUAAGUGGCCGCUGAAGUGUUUGCGGCGCUAUGGCUACAACGUCGACCAAUUUAGCUUCGAAGCUGGUCGGCGAUGUACGACUGGCGAAGGAAUCUACGCCUUCCGGUGCCGUCGUGCCGAGGCCCUCUUCUACACUGUGCAGGCCUACAUCCAGGGACGAAUCUAUAGCGAUGAGAAUACGAAUCCCAACGACCCGUACCCAAUACCAGUGGCCUCGAAUGGACCUUCGGUAGCGGCUCGAAGUGUGUCGCAGAAUAACACCGCAACGCGGAGUGGUACCGGCCAGGGCCAGAGCCAGGGCCAGAUGCAAUGCACGUUCAUUAUGAGUCGCACCGGCAUAGCGACGAGCCAAUCGCUUAGUCCGAACGGAACGAUUCACUCGAAUUCAAACCAAAGCCGUAGCACGGACACACUCCCGAUGGAGGGGAACUAUCUUGAACCGACUCCUAACCGAUCGACAACCGGAAUCGCGGUACAACCACACACGAUAACGACCCGUUUCCAGCAAGGGCUGAGGUUGAGCUCGGUGAGCAGUGGACCGAUCUCCCCGGAUAUUACUUCCCCCGGUUCACCGAAUAGCAUGACAAACAUACUAGAGGUGACUACACUGAAUCCGCUCCCUACGUCACACAACACCGGUGCCGGUAGUGUUCACCAUCAGGGCGUCAGCAACGUGUACCAAGAGUUUCCAAUGAAAGAUUCAACUAUGACCUCAUUGCUGCACCAUACGCAUCAUCAACAUCUUCUCCAUCACGUUCACCAACCGAGCUCAGCCAUUGUUGCUCCCCUUGGAGGAUUGGUACGUACCUCAAUGGAUGUGCCUCCGCAGGAGCUGGCUCCCGGUACUACCCCAUCAUCCGAGCAAGCCUCAUCUAUCGUCACCGCUCCUAUCGAUCAGGCCCCCGGGACAGCUUGCAUCGGAGAGUGUGAACAAGUUGAACCAUCCACGCCAGAUCAGGUCGAUCCAGCACGGAUGUAUAUGAAUGUAAAUAUCAGCGCCACGGACGGUGGUUCCCUGUCGGCUGCCGGAAAGGUGAAGAAACCAGCUACAUUCAGCAGCAAGAGCAACUCUAGUCUCAUUUCGAUUACUAACUUCAACAACAACAAUAGCCACAAUAGCACGGGAUCGUUUGACGAGUGUCAGUACCAGAACGUGCGCACUCCCACCUCUUCCGGGGCCGCUGUGGGCGGUGUUGGUGCCGCCGUUCCCCUUCUCCAACAAAACAUCGUAGGUGGUAACAUGUUUGCACAAUUUCAACGGCUAAACAGUGGUGGUCCAAAUCAGUUCUCGAUGGAUCCGGGACGGUUUUACGAAAAUCUUGAGCCUGCAGAACUGAAAGCGGUUCUCCUGCGAGGCCGUUGCUCAAAGCCAGACAUUUUCAGCAACGUCGAUCUACCGUUGGACCACUCGGAACCAUGUACUCCGACGGCAACGGCCGCUGCAAAUUGCCAGCAGCGUAAAGUGAAUUACAUCGUACUCGACCUCGAUCAGUCCAACUCGUUGCACAACAUCAGCAACAAUGUGAACGGAACGGGAGGAGUGCUUUCGCCAACUGGAUCAGCUCCUGGUGCAGCCGGUGGGGCUACGUUUAAUGGGAACACAAUUGCGAACGGUGGUACCACCAACGGCUCAACGGUUGGAACCAGUUUUAAUAACAAUAACAACAACAGCACGACGGUUAAUCUGAACAACGGCAUCGUUGCAACCGGUGGGAUGAGCAGCUCCAUCAGUGGUGGACUGACGCUGGGUCCGAUCGUGAAUACCAGUACGGAUCGUGCCUCAACAGCGGCAACGACGCCUGGUAGCAACGGAAACUGUCUUACCGGUCUGUGUGGACCUUCCGGCACUAACGGCAGCGUUCUAACUCCUGCCAGUGUCGGCCUGCUGCCUCCAGAGAGUCCCAAAAAGGCAUCGCUCGGUUAUGCGACGAUCGAUUUCAACAAAACCGUCGCGCUGAGCAACUCAACCACGCCUUCCUCGGAGUUGGAUAGCGAAGGUUCGCGUAAGACCCGACACAACUCAACGGUCACACCGCUUGCGAGACAAAGUAAUUCCGUCAGCGAUUGAAGGAAUUGUUCGGAAGUAGCAUAUUGCAUUGUCACUGCACCCACGAUUCGAUGGGGUAAGUUUCGGCGAGAGUUAAUGAGAGGCGCAUAAAGCAGAAGGUACAAGACAUUAGUCAAAAAAUGCAACAACGUCGAUGAUAGUAACGUCUUUUUCCUUUCUAUUGUAAGUAUUCACACUGUACUCUCUAGUUGUACGAGUAUGUUUUAAAAGCGCAAUCAUAGUCAUGUGAAUGUUCCCAAAGGAUAUUUUAGUAGCUCUUAAGCAAUCCCUUACCACAAAAAAAUUUGUUUUAUCUUGCAAUACAAUAACAUGGUAUACAAGGUAAGGUUUAUUUUUCAUUGCACAUUUUUGUGUAAGUUUUGGAAAAAUAGGAAACUUUUCUGAGAUAUUUAAACAAUUGUCGCAUACUGUUCUUUACCCAGAUUGCCUAAAUUCAGAUUUCUACACUGUGUUUUAUCUUCCUUCAUGCCACUUUUGUGCAUCUUUUUCUACACAAGUCGAGGCACAAGUAAUUCUAGCAAAUUUGUUUGAAAACCUAUAGAGAUUGUGAAAAUUUUUAUAUUUAGUUUCUUAUAAAAGAAAACCAUCACAAAUGUCGCACAUAUACCACCCUGAAGUCACAAAAUUUGCUAUCGCUCCUCAAUGUACUCUCUUCCAAAAAUGCUGCCUUUUUUUCUAACACAUUAUUUGUUACUUUAUAAACAUGGUUUGUUAUAACUACGAUAUAAUCAAUCCGUUAGGCAGCUGCACUUUGGAGGUGCAAUUUGUGCUGUCCUAUUUGCCCCACACACAGAAAAAACGCUCUUGAUCAACGUGAUAGAAAGGAUUAUACAUCUCGGUGUAACCUUUCACCUAAUUAGUUUUAAGUGAACAAUAAUAAUAAGUUUGUCUAUUGCAAAACGGUUAAAGAAUCGGUUAACAUUUACAAAAAAAAGAAUUGAAAAUUGUUCGCAAAAAAGUUUCCCUUUUUAAAUUAUAAACAUUUUUAUUUUGGUUGCCCUCUACUUCGUUGCCCCUGUGUUUGUAAUAUAAUAGUUUAAUUGAAGUACAAUCAAAGGCUACAUCAACAUACAUAUAUAUAUACAACCUAAAAAAACCCAAAGUUGCGCCAAAUCAUGCUCCUGUCGAAGGAUAUUGAAUGAUGGAAAAAUGACCUAUAAACCACCAAAUGUAAUGUUAAAUGUCGGACGCUUUAAGGUGAGCCGUUAGUGUUAAGUGUGCAGCAAAACGUGCAGUGGAUUAUUAAAGCUAACCCAAUGAGGAGAAGAUAGUGCAAGAUGAUCACAGCAGUUUACAUUUAAUUAUUCGUAGUGAAAUGUUCCGUUAAACUGUACCAAGGUUCUUGGUGUAAAUGUAACACGCUGUAUAACGUAAACAAUUUAUAUAAAAGUGGGAAACAUAAUUGAACCCUUGUUAAAUGAGAAAGACGACUCUAAAUAUAUGAUAAUGUUCAUGAAAAACAUUGGAAACCAGUCAGUAACAAGCUCAUCUCUAAGAUAUGCGAAAACAGGUGAUAAGCACCCGAUUGAAAAAGACCGAACUAAAUGGAAACCCCAGCAAGCAGCACUAGAAAUAAAUUAAACAGCCGAUAGUAAACUAUUUAAUUUAAGAAAAUAGUGAAAAUGUUGUGUACACUGAAACAAUUUACUAGCCGAAUGAAACAGAGUGGUUUGAAAUGAAAUAAAAUAUAACAACAAACAGUGAUCCGUAUUUUUCCGUAUUAUUAUUUUUUUUUUUUCAUUUGAAUUGAAACAAUAUGUAAAAGUGCUAUUUUACGAUCGUCUGUUAAGAUUUAGUAAAAGAUAAAUCAGGUGAUAGAAUGUACCGUAUACUGUUGCAAGAUUCCAGGUUAUAGCUGACACUACCCAAAAAGGUCAAACAUAUGUUUGCCUCAAGUCAAAU